AUGGCAGGACAAGGGUCUCCCACCGGAGUAGAGCAGAACUGCAAUGGUGGGUCUCCCACCAGGGUUCUCCAGGUUGACAGCAAAAAAAGCAAUGCUGAAGACCAGGCAGCACAAGAUGUCAGCUUGAAAAACGCUGGUGAGGAACCAUAUAUGUGUGCGAUUUGUGGAUUCAGGACAACAGAACAGUCUGACCUAUUCCGACAUAUAAGAUCCCAUACAAGUGAGGAACCCUACCAGUGUGACCAGAGUGACUCUUCAGAAGCACAGAAGCCCAACCUUGACUACCAUAUAUCAGCAAAACCUGGAGAUGAGCAUAAAGCAAACCAUAGUGGUGAGAAACAACCCUACAGAGCAGAUCAAAAGUCUCACCUAUCUGAGCAUAUGAGAAUACAUACAGGAGGAAAACCCUUCAAGUGUGACCAGUGUGACUAUUCUGCAACACGGAAGUCCCGCCUUGACCACCAUGUGUCAACAAAACACAGAAAUGAGGAUGAAACAAACCCUUGUGCUAAGAAACCUUACAUGAUGUGUGGGGAGUGUAGGUACAAAACAACUCUUAUGUCUGACCUGUAUCAGCAUAUGAAAACCCAUAAAGGUGAUCUUAAGAGACCCUACAUGUGUGGGGAGUGUGGAUGCAGACUGGUACAACAAGAAAAGACGGUUACCCACCCCUAUAGUGAUGAGUUUAGGUAUGUAGCAGCUCAAAAGACUGACUCAAGCCACAUGAAGUGA